AUGACAACCAAUCAUAAGCCAUCGUCAAUUAUUGCUAAAUGUUCAUCAUGUUCUAUAAAAACUAAUCUAUUUGUAUGUUCACAUUGUGAUGAAGUUAUUUGUCAAAAAUGUUUUGAUAAACAUCAAGUAAAUCUAAAUGAAACAUUAAAAGAACACUGGAAUUUAUGUAAAAGAAAAUACAUAAAUUUAUGUCAACAAUCAGAUAAUUAUGAUAAAGAUAUGAUAAAUGUUGAAAAUGAAAUAGAUCAAGUAAGAUUAAGGAUUAAUAAACGACGUAUGGAUUUAGUACAUUUAAUUGAGAAUGAAAAAAAUAAUUUAUUAAAUAAAAUAGAAGAGUAUAUUCAAUUUAAUUUAUCAAAUACACAACAUACAGAUCUCCAACAAUUAUAUGAUUCGAUUAAUCAACGAUUGAAUACUGUAUUUCAAGAUCCGAAUACAUUUAAUAAUAUGGAUGAAUUUUGUUUGGAAAUAAAACAUUUGAAUACAUUAAUUUAUAAUCGAGAAAAACAAUUACAGACUAAUUCACUCAAAUACCCUCAUUUAUCCCCUCCAAAAUCGCUAAGUAUAUCCGAUGUCUUUGGCCAAUUACAAUGGAAUUCUAAACCAAUGUCGGAUCAUAAUUUGACUAAACCAUUGAUUAUACAUAAUCGUUCAUUAAAUUCAACCGUAAAUGAUCAUAUUUCUACUGAGACUAAUGAUGGAUUGCAAGAGAAAUCAACAAUCAUACCAGAGGAUACAGCAACAUUACCUAUAAUACAAAGACAAAAACAAUGGACAACAGAUACAGCAGGUGUACCUCAUUUUCUAUGUGUACUUUCCAAGAAAAAUCAUCUUCUUUUUGCUUGUGAUAAAUUUGGUUCUAUUGAUCUAUAUCAAUUGGAUAGUAAUACACCAAAGAAUGGUCCUCGUCGUUUACGUCAAUUUGAACUUUUUCCGGGAAAUACGACGAGUAAACAACCACAGAUUAUUGAAACAUUUACUGUCUAUACACCAUUUAUUGUAGUUGCAACUCAUUUGAGUGAUCAAACUGAUACAAGUUCAAUCUAUUUUUUUGAUCAUCGUGGUUAUCAACAAGGUGAUACAUGUUUACAAAAUUUUCCUGUUCGACAAUUAUCAGCUGAUGUUGCUUUUAAAUGUCUAUGGGGAGUUGAUCGUCAUCAACAUUCAAUUUAUUAUAAUCAAUUACCUAUGAAUGUUCAACAAAUUCCAGAAUAUAUGAAACAACGUGAAGAAUUUCUUAAAUUUGGUCGUGAUUUUGAACCAAUUAGAAUAACUCAAAAUCAAACAUCAAUUGCUACUGUUGAACGUAAUUCACAAAGUGCAUAUAUAUAUGAUAAACAAUCAAAAAAACAAAUUAAUGAAAUUGAAAGUCUAUUACGUACAAAAGGAGUAUUUCGUUUAUGGAAUGCUUUACUUCGUGAUGAUAAAUCCAUGGUGCUUAAACUUGAUGAAGAUUUACCUCCAAAUAGUCGUCCAUCUUUAAUAAAUCAUCUUAUUAUUGAACUUGAUUCAAAUGGUGCUGUCAUGUCUCAAAUUGAACGUACAUCUGUUUUUGGUUUUGCGAUUGGACCAAAUAAUGAAAUUUUACUUGGUUGUAAAAAAUAUCAACAAAAUGGAUUAAUUGAAUGCUAUAUUUAA